AUGCAUACUGUACUUGAACUUGCUGCAAGAAGCAAUCUCAAACCAGUAGCUUUGGAGCUUGGAGGAAUAUCCCCAUUUAUUGUUUUUGAUGAUGCUGAUGUGGAUCAGGCCGCUGAGUUGGCACAUUUUUCCCUGUUCUUUAAUCAAGGACAAUGUUGUUGUGCUGGUUCAAGAACUUAUGUCCAUGAGCGUGUGUAUGACGAGUAUGUUGAAAAAGCGAAGACACAUGCAAUGAAACGUGUUGUUGGCGAUCCAUUCAAGCUUUUAGCUCUAUGUUACUACUCAUUUGAACACUAUAGGAAGCCCAUGUUGCAUUUUGAUUUUUGGAUUCAGAAAGAAUGUUCAAUUGUCAUAGACCACUUUUAA